GUGCAAGAAGCGCCGGGUAAGGCUGAGCCCAUGAUUUUCCCAGUCCCAGUUCCCAACCAGCAGGCACUGUGGCGGCUCUCUAACCCUCCAUUCAGAAACGCUGCAGCCAUACAUUUGACGAUCAAGAUGCCCCGGCCAACGGAAGCCCUACCAAAAUCGGCCAUUCCGGCACCACCGCCCUUGAUGAUGACCCGCCUCUUCAACACCACCAAAGGGGUGAUGGCCAUGUUCACCCUGUCGUGGCCAACUCGACUUCGUCCUUUGGUGUCAUGGCGAGUGGUGGCUACAGCACCCAUGAUGCGAAUAGGCAACCGACGCCGCCCAACUUCCUAGGCUACCUGAAUCCAGAGGCCGUACUGAGGGAGCAAGUCCAUCACGAGAGGGGCAAGACGAAUCAGUCACCUAGCAUUCCGUCGAUUGGGCAGUGGGUCGACGGGCAUGAGGCGGGGAGGUCGCCGAAAAGCCAGCCCGGACAGCAAAAGGGACGCCUUGAUGAGACGACGCAGCAGGCCACCACCGCACAAGAAGCCGCCGUGCAGAGGGCCCUUCAUGCUUACCUCGAUGCAGUGGGAGUGGCGAUUGUGCCUCCAAGGGAACACCAAAAAGCUCUGUUGAACAUCUACUUCACCUAUGUGCAUCCUCUGCUCCCCAUCGUAGACCAGAACCUCUUCACCAAGUGGUACGCCGAGGAGCGGGAGCCGCGGAUGCUGCUCCAGGCCAUUUGCAUCGUGGCAUCCAAGCACGCAGAAGCGGCCGACCAUCUUCUACUCGGAGCCGACCCGCGGGUAUUGCGGCCGCGGGACUUUUCUCAAAGGCUGUACAAUGCAGUCAUUGCAGGCAUUGAAGCCAAACUCGAGAAGAACCGCGUCAUUCUCAUCCAAGUCCUGGCGUUGAUAUCUCUGCACUGCGAAGGCCCCGACGGGGCAGAGCAAGCGUCGAUGCAUCUUGCCCAGGCUAUCCACCAUGCACAUACUUUUGGUCUCCAAUUCGGGCACCAGUGGAAGGGCCAAAAGUCAGACUCGCAAGAGAAUCUCGAGGAUCUGUUCUGGUGUCUUUGGAGUCUGGACAAGAUUAACGCCUGCAUGAAUGGACGACCGCUGCUCAUGCACGAUCGAGAUAAUGGCCUUACCAAGCUUCCGCAGGAUCCGGAGAAGCGGUCGAGUCCGUUUGGCGUUUGGUUGCAGAUCGCGGAGAUGCUCGACAGGGUCAUUGAUUUUUACAGACCGGGCAGGUCGCCAGAAGAGACGGGCUGGGAAACCGACGACUUUUUGGGGUUUGAAGAAAUGGUUGGAGAUGGUGAAGACAAGUUGGACGGGCCGAUCAUGAGCCUGCUCUCCCUCUUCCACCACGCCAUGUGCAUGGCCUCUCACAAGUCCCUCUCCAUCAACGACCCCGUCAAGGCCACCCCGUCCUACACCCGCCAGUCGCUCUCCGCCACUCGCGUCAUCUCUCUCCUCAAUGCCGAACCGCCCGAAACCCUUCCUCCACUCCCCUUGGUCCCCUACACCCUCUCCUUGGCUCUCAGCGUCGUCUACCGCCACUUUCGUUGCCGCCGUCUCAAAGUCCACAUCAAGCGCGCCACCGACGAGCUCAAACAAUGCGUCAUGCUCCUUAACCGCCUCCGGAAUGCCUGGUGGUCCGCUGGACAAAUGGCAGACCUCGGCACUGCCGUCCUGAAUAAUGCGGACCGCAACACGCGUACUGCCAAUACACCUGCCGUUGCCACAGAGGCCGACCACCACCAUGCUCUCUUUGGUAGCCAGCCCCAUGACGAACUAGUCACUGAGCAAAAAGAGCAAGCAUCCAUUCAAGCCCCACAUCACGCGCCACCAGGCCCUUCGUCUAAUCACCACCGUCAAUGGCAGCAACACCACCUGGACGCCUCCAUCGAUCCCCGCCUCCACUCCCAGGUUCCCCGGGCGCAUUUGGCGAGUGGCCUCCUCAAUCCUCUUCCCACGAUUAUGGAGGUCCAACACCCGACGAGCAGUGAACGUUCUUCUGACCGCCCGCUUACUUCACUCCUCUCCACACCGCAGAACCCGACCACCAAUCUUCUACACAAUAAUACCAGUACCCAGCAACAACAACACCAACAACUGACCAUUGGCCCUUCAGUCGCCACCUCGCCAGCACCCUCGUCGGCGGCCGCAGCGGCGACUCUAGACCUCGAUUUUUCGGACCCGUCACCCGAUGAAUGGCUCAACUUCGACAAUGCGUUUCAGAAUUUCUCGGGCUUGCUGGGGGGUUCCGGGGCGGAUUUGAGCAAUGAGCUGUUUAGGCCGUUGAGUUACGAGAUGGAGGACUUUUGACGGUUAGGGAGGACGAUAGGAUGAUGGGGAUUUAAGUAGGUUGGUGGUAUUUUUGGAGGAUUGGGGGGAAUGGGGGGAAUGGUGGGCUGAUGGUGGUUGGUCGGCUGGCU